AUGCUGUGCAUCAAUACUACUAUUAAUAGUGCCCCCAUGAACAUGCUGCUGUUGCCCCUUCUUCUGCUUUCGCUCCUGUCAUCAUCAACGAGUGCAGUGAGUGAUCCUCCCCCGAGAAGACUUCGAUCCCAAGUGUCACCGGUACACGUACCAUCAGAUGGCUCUGAGCUGGAGGGAGAGAUUGAUUCUGUACUAAAUGGGGUCAUGCGCAUGACGGCGUCCAACGGCGGCUUCGAGGCAUUGGAAUGGGAAGCCCAGUUCUUGAGAGAUAAUAUUGAUCCACAAGAAGUGGCUACCAGUACAAGUAGCAGCUCAAGACAUCUUGAGCUCCAGGCAGGGAAGAAAACACUUCGAUUUGCUGUUUUGGGCAGUAACUCAGUUGGCCCAUUCCAACUAAUGGCUCACAGGGGAUGUGUCCAAGGAGCUGCUCGUCUGUUGGAAUCAGAUGCCAUUGAAGCCACAUGUGAUCUCUAUGGGGCAUCUUCCAACACUGAUAUCAAAGAGUUUCUGGGUGUCCAGAAGUACUACCUGUCCCAGAUCAUCCAGGCAGCGGUUAACUCCAAGGGCGACAGUAGCAGUGAGGAAGCUACUGCUAACCAGAAUAGCAUGUUUUAUGAUGGGAUCAUGGUGUCAGCCACUGUCCCUGCUGUCAUCGGCCCCAUGUUGGAUGAAGCAGUGGAGGCAGGGAUUGCUGUGGUGACCUACGAGACAGAUGCUCCAGACUCCAAAAGGGCUGCUUUCGCUGGCACCAAUAACACAUUCAUGGGGAUUCAACUAGGCAGGGUUCUCAAGCAACUACGACCUGAGGGGGGCUCUUUUGCCGCCCUCUGGGCUCCAGUGGGGGAAUCGUUUGUUGAAAGAACAGAAGGGUUUCGAUUUGAGUUGCUCAAUAACAGUGAUCCUGAUGUUGCAUGGGUAGAAGUUCCCAACAGCCCAGCUCCUGUUACCAAAAUAAAAGAUGCUAUGGAGGGAUUGAAUGGCUGGGCCAAUAACACAGACAACCCUCCAACUGCAAUCGCAAUCCUUAUCAACCCAUUGUUUGAUGCACCUCAAUAUGAAACAAUUGUUGAUCGAUACCGCCACCUGAACAUCACCUGGAUUGGUGUUGGGGAUAGUGAACGACAAAUGGAUCUAAUGGCGCGCAACUAUGUUCAUGGGCUUCUCGGUCAUUUGCCCUUUGACAUGGGCCUGACUUGUGUUGAAAACAUGAUGAAUGUCAUCAAGGGGAGGCCCAUCCAACAAGAAUUCAAACCUACCAAUGUGGUCUCCCACAUUCAGAUACCAGUACUCUUGCCAGAACUUGUCAUGGAUCACAACCGAGUGGGACAGUUAGCUAUCAUUGGAUACAUCUUCUUUGCUUUCACUGGUCUGACUUCCUUGUUCAUGGGAUCCUGGGUUUGGUUCUUUCGGAAUACGCGAGUUGUCAAAGCAUCCCAGCCAACCUUCCUCCUGAUGGUUGCCAUUGGUGUCUUCAUAAUGAGUUCUGGAAUGGUUCCUUUGGGAUUGGAUGAUAGUCAUGGAGACUCUGAAGCCCAUCGUGUUGCGAUUUGCAUGUCACCUCUGUGGCUUGUCUGCAUAGGAUUCUCCGUGGCAUUUGCUGCCCUCUUCAGUAAAACACGCCGAGUCAACCAGAUAUUCAAAGCUGGAUCAGCAAUCACCCGCAUCAAGAUCAAGACACAUCACGUCAUGUUGCAAUGUCUUGGCUUGUUAGCAGCCAACGUUCUUGUUUUGUCCCUCUGGACUGCCUUGGAUCCACUCACCUAUACCCGUGCAGAUGAUCCAGGAACAGAUGGGUGGAAUCGAGUUCUAUCAACAAGUGGGACGUGUCAAUCAAACCAACUUGCACCCUAUUUGGUUCCUUUGGUUUUGAUCAAUUCGGUUUGUAUUGGCAUUGCCAACUGGCAAGCCUAUGAAGCACGUUUUAUCCAGUCAGAGUUCUCAGAAGCCAAGUACAUUGGUAUCACCUGUGUUUCCAUGAUGCAAACAGGAUUGAUUGGGAUUCCAAUUCUCAUUGUCGCUCAUGAUCACCCAGAAGCUCUCUAUCUUGUCAUUGUCUGCAUGAUCUUUGUUGUGAGCAUGGCAAUUCUAUUGUUCAUUUUUGUUCCCAAGAUGGUCCUCAUGGAUAACUAUGCCAGGCACAGCACUCGCACUCAGGGUCGAAUGAUCCAAAAAGUGAUUCGGGAGCAGGCCCAACAAUCAGGCGCCCUUAGUAAGAAGAGGAGUCAGGAACCUUCUGGUGCUUCUAAUGUAUCUGGCUUGGAAACAGUGACUGAGCCGGACACAAGUGGUUGCAAAGAGCAAGAAGUUUGUGCUGCUAGACGCCUUGCAGUUUUUGAAAGCAUGCCGCAGAUCGCAAGUGUCAAUUCCGUAUGCCCUGUUAUGGAGCAGAAUCCGGCUGCAUGAAGGAGUGGGGCAGGCCACCAUGAAAUAAAUGACGCAGUGAAGGGCCAUUCUGGCAAUUUCAAUGGCACCCUGGCCAGCACAUCUCCAAGGCAGGCUCCAUAUGCCAUCCACCUUCCGUGUCCUUUGUUCCCACAAUCCAUAUGCGUUGCCGAAGCAACAAUGCUUAGUUGGCCAACGUCGGCGCAGGUUAUAAAAGAACGUCCAAUGUAUGGUGACGACACUAUAGAGAGGGGCGUGGCCUAUCCCUCUCUUAACUAUUACUAGCAAAAUAUCAUGUUUUUGCAUACCAAGAAUCCUCACUGAUGAUCGGCUCAGCCUUGCAAAACUAGCUAGAACCGCCGCACGAGUACACAGACUCGUGCCGGACCCAGACUCAGCUUUUGGGUACUACUGAGUCGAGUCGACGCGGCUGGAGACAACCCAUCCCUCAGUUGGACUUCGCGUGAAAGAUCAUCUAUCAUACGAUUGCUUGCUAGAUCUCACCACCGUAAGGCGAAAUCGAGCCUAGGUGAUCUAGAACUUGCUGUGUGUGAUCCCGGCGACCCAUGAAACUGCAACACAGGCUAGUAACUCAUAGACGAAUCUUGGCGUUUAGGAUGUGGCUGCUUAUGGGAAGUCACUAUCAUUAUAAUGUAAACGGCCGCCAGGACUUCGUUGACCUUGGCCAAUUCACCAG